AUGCUUUUCAACUUCAGCAAGCUCACCGCCCUCGCGGCGCUCACCGCCCUCGCCACCGCGUCACCGCUCCUCACCGCGCGCGACCAGUGCGGCGCGACACUCAGCGACUCCCACAACGUCGCGCAGCACCUGAUGGACACGUUCUGGUAUGGCAGCGGCUGGGGCAUUUUCUGGACGGACGCGAACACGCUCGAGGACCUCUACAACCUCAUGCUCGCCGACGGCUCCACCUCCUUCGACGUUGCGGACAGCACGCCCAUCGGCCAGCUCGGGCUCCAGCAGAACCGCGACGCCUGGAUCUCGAAGAUCGGCGGCUCCAACGACGACGCCGGCUGGACAGUCCUCUCGCUCUGGAAGAUCGGCGACUACCGCCUCCGCCACGGCGGGGACCCGAACCCGUACUGGAACAGUGCCAGGAUCGUCUACGAUCUGAUCGCUGCCGAGUGGGAUGAUUCCACCUGUGGCGGUGGAGUCUGGUGGUCGAGCGCGCACACCUACAAGAACGCGAUCACGAACCAGCUCUUCCUCCACCUCUCCGCGGCGAUGUACAACCGCUUCGGCGGCUCGCAGUACCUCGCGAACGCGCAGAAGACCUGGAACUGGCUCCUCAACUCCGGCAUGCGCAACUCGGACGGGCUCUGGAACGACGGCCUGACGGACUCGUGCCAGAACAACGGGCAGACGACGUGGACGUACAACCAGGGCGUGAUCGCGUCCGGGCUCGCGGAGCUCGCGCGCGCGACCGGCGACCGGUCGCUCCUCGACCAGGCCGAGAUCACGCUCGACGCCGUGACGCGUCUCAAGGUCCAGAACGGGAUCCUCACGGAGACGUGCGACAGCGCGACGCCGACGUCGUGGUGCAGCAACGACUCGGUGAUGUUCAAGGGGAUCUGGAUGAAGCACCUCCAGUUCUACCUCGACAACUUCCCCGACCGCGCGAGCAAGUACACGAGCUUCAUCCACGCGCAGGACAGCGCCGUCGUCCACUACGCGACCGGCGCCGGCUGGAAGGUCGGGAACGUGUGGUACGCCCCGGACCAGGGCGGCUCGCUCUUCACGGCGGAGACCCAGACCGGCGGCAUUGCCGCGCACAAUUGCGCUGCCAAGUACGGCACUUGCUGA